AUGGACAAACCUUCUCAAGCCAAACCUUACGCUGGAUUAGUUAUAUAUCGUAUACAGAGAAACGUAGAGUUUUUAUUAUUAAACGACUCUUUUGCAAACAAGAAGAACUGGUUUUGUCCCAAAGGACAGGUAAUUGGAAAUGAGGAUGAGAUCAAAUGCGCACUUCGCGAAACCUUAGAGGCCACAGGUCUUCGGCCAAAGGAACUCCAUGUAGAAGAAGGAUUUGCUAUAGAGCUGAAAUAUCUAUCGGGAACAAAACCAAAGAAGGUCAAGUAUCACUUGGCUCAAUUGGUCGAUAGCCAUGUUCGAUUGCUACCCAAUGCAGAGGGUGUUCAUAUGCAGUGGUUUAGUCAAUCUACCUGCUGUGAAAAGGUUGUCUUUAAGACGAUGCAAGAGGUAUUCAAACAUGCCCAGUCGUUUAUUGAUUUGAAGAGAAGAAAGCUUGCUGGUCGCGGUAGUGGUGCAGCCAACUCACAGCAAGACAGAUCUGAAGUGAAAUCCCUGUCUAUCAGUGGCGAUGAGGGUAACAAGUCUGUCUAUAGACCUCGUCAUCAACAAACACCACACCCAUUGCAGCCGCAACCGCAGCAACUAGCAGAGGCACAUAAAGAGCACCAUCAUCAGCCACAGCAGCAGCAGCAGCAGCAAAUACCCUCACCCUCGCCAUCACAGCAAACUCAGCAACAAAAUUCGCCUCUGUACAAGACAAGAUUAUGCGAGCGAUUUGAGACGGAAGGAAGCUGUCCCUAUGGACCUAAAUGCAACUUUGCACAUGGUGUCGUUGAAUUGCGUGGUAGAACUACAGGUGAUGCAUCAAAUCAACAGCAACAUCAGCAAGAUAAAAGCGACGAUCGUAUUAAUGUUGAUUCAAAUGGAAAUCAGCUGUUCAAAACAAAGCUAUGCGAGAAGUUUAUGAAGGAUAAAUUCUGUCAAUAUGGUCCCAAGUGUCAUUUUGCGCAUGGAGAGGAAGAGCUCAAGACAAGACCACCAAAAAGGGAAGAGACAGCACCAGUCACAGAUCGUCGCUCCUCUCCUCCUCAUCAUCGAUUCCAACGGCCAAUGACUAAUGACAGUGCAGCAGGCUAUAUGGCAGUAGAUACCCACCAUGAAGAAAUGUCUGCAGCUGACAAAUGUAGCAACUGGAGAUUAAAUGCGAAUGACAGAAACAAGUACAGCAGUGAAACGCUUAAGAAGGCUGAACCUCUUAUUGAAAGUACAAGUCAAAAGCUGUCUGAACUGCCUGUCAAUAGUGAACCUCAGCAGGCCACUACCGCGAAACCCAAUGGACCGAGCCCUGUUGCUCUUGGUAAGAAGGAAGAUCAACCAAAGCCUACUACUACUCCCGUACCUGCCGUUUCAGUAGAAGAACUCCGCCGUCCUGCGUUUGUCGAGCAUCAACGCAGCACCAAUAACAGUAAAAAGACAGCAUCUCUUUCAACUGUUAAUGGCAAUUGCAACGGUAAAGAAAAGAAGCAUACAGUCACGAUGGAAAGCAAUGAGAAAUCAUGGAUGAAGAUUGUCAAAUUAUCCAAGGAAGAGCAAGAUGAAAUGGAACAUCAGUCCAGCAAGUCGCCAUCCAUCAGCACAACAACCACCAAGUUAACUCAAAAGGAGCCCAUUAUUGUGGAAUUGAAAAAAUUCUUCUCUUCGCAUCCACCUCAAGCGACCAUUGUAAAGGGGAAGCUCACAGAGGAUGUCAAGGAAGUUACCAAGGUGGAAAUGCGAAACGAUCUAUCCAAGAAGCAACUGCUGUACAUUCUGUUAGUGAGUUUGCUGGAGGAAGAGUCAGAUCAAUCCAUGUUGGCUAUAUUAAAAUCAAGAAAUCAUCUCUUCAAGACAUUUGUCAAAACAAAGGCAGACCAACUAUUGCUGCUCAAAGCCUGGGAUAGCUUUGUCACUGUGCGCAAGCCUAUCAUGGUCAACAAGACAGCGAUCGCCUUGUCGCAUUGGUACGAUUGUGAAAUGGUCGAGGAAGAGGCCUUUUUGGAAUGGUUUGAAACACUUGAAAAGGGCAGUGCAUUAGAAAAGAAGAGCUCCAAGUUCAUUGACUGGUUAAACGAGUCAGACAGUGAAGAUGAAUAA